AUUAUAGCCGCUAUGUAAACUCGGACGCCACAUCUGUAUGUGUCAAUCUUGACUUGGUAAUCACAAGAACCAUAUCUCUUCGCGGAUUUUCAUUAAAACCUGUGUAUCAUUAAAGUGAUGGAGAAUAACUUAGUGGCCCAUUACGAUGUGCUGCAGAACGAGAAAUAUGGGCGCUAUUUAGUGGCAAAUAAGGAUUUGGAGAGCGGUGAAUUAAUUUUUACUGAUACACCAUUCGCAUUUGGACCAAAACCCGACAGUCCGCCGCUGUGCCUGGGCUGCUACAACCCGGUCGAGAAAGCGCUGUGCUCGCGGUGCGGCUGGCCGGUGUGCGGGGCGGAGUGCGAGACCUCCGCCGCGCACGCGGGCGAGUGCGAGGUGUUCUCCAAAGCCAAGGUGCGUUUCCAGCCGGUGGAGGACUGGACGGCCAGCGCGCCACAGCUCGACUGCAUCACACCUCUCAGAUUAUUGCUGGCUAAAGAAAAAGACCCGGAGCGAUGGCAACGCGAACUGGAGCCGAUGGAAACACACACAGAAGCCAGGAGAGAGAGGCCUACCUGGAGUGUCGAUCAGGUCAACAUCGCAGAUUUCUUGGUCGACCACUGCAAGCUUGGCAGCAAGUUCGACAGGGAGCUGGUGCAAAGAGUGUGCGGGAUUUUGGAGGUGAAUGCGGUCGAGAUCCCAUCACGAGGGGGAUUCAGCAUACGAGCCGUCUACCCCAAGCUAGCCAUUGCAGCACACAGCUGUGUGCCUAAUAUUGUCCAUUCAAUUUUCCAAGACGACUACAUGGUCAAAGUCCGGUCCGCAGUAACCAUAAACAGCGGGUCGCCCCUGCACCUGAGCUACACGCACGCGCUGUCGCCGACGCUGGUCCGCAGACAGCACCUGCUGGAGUCCAAGUUCUUCAGCUGCGCGUGCGCGCGCUGCGCCGACCCCACCGAGCUGGGCACCCACCUCAGCACGCUCAAGUGCACCAAGUGCGAUAAUGGAGUUAUACUUUCUACUGAUCCACUAGACAACGAGGCGGUUUGGAAGUGCACGGAGAAGAACUGCGAGUUCAGGACGUCGGGCGCCGCCGUCAGCAAGAUGCUGGGCGUGGUGCAGGCGGAGGUGGAUCAGCUGGACAUGCUGGAGCCGGGCCCGCAGGCCAUCGAGCAGAGGGAGGCCACCAUUAAGAAGUACAAGUCAGUGUUCCACCCGCGGCACUCGCUGCAGCUGAGCAUGAAGCAGGCGCUGGCGCAGCUGUACGGCCGCGUGGAGGGCUACUCCAUCGACGAGCUGCCGGACCUCAUGCUGGAGCGCAAGGCGGAGUUCUGCAGGCUGCUGCUGAGCACGCUCGACGUCAUCACCCCCGGAGACACCCGCCUCAGAGGUAUGAUGUUAUACGAACUCCACGCCCCAGUCAUGUUCAUGGCAAGAAAUGAGUUCAGUGCCGGGUUAAUAACUCCGGAGAAAUUGAAGGAGCGGCUUCAGGAGCCUAUCCAGCUGCUGACUGAUGCGGCACGCAUCUUGAUGCGGGAGGACCCACAGAGUCCGGAGGGAAUCACGGGACAGAUUGCACAACAAUCCAUGGAACAACUCAAAGCUAGUCUUGAGUGCUUCUAGAAUCAAACCUAAUAAAAUUAUAUUAGUAUUUUGUUUGACUUUUGUCGAUGCCCUUGGUUGAUGAUGCCAGUGCAAGCAAUUUUAUUCAGAGUGUUAGAAACAAACAGAAAAUGUAUUUAAUUAAAUACUUAGAAAAGACAACUGACGGAUCUCUUUUUUGUGUGGUGUUGGUGUUAAAUAAAUUGUUACUUACUAUUA